AGAGCGCGACAGCGCGGCCGGCAGAUCCGGGCGGGCUUGUGGGGAAGCGAAACUGAGGGAGGAGGCGGCUCUGGCAGCGGCAGGGCCAGGCCUGGUGGCGGCGGCAUCGGCGGCCUGAUUCCCCCCUCUCCGCUCCUUGGCAGCUCGCCCUCUUCCCUCAGCUAACAAUGAAGAGGAGAAAUGAUCCAGAAUGCACUGCCCCUAUCAAGAAACAGAAGAAAAGAGUUGCAGAGCUUGCUCUGAGCCUCAGCUCUACGUCUGAUGAUGAACCUCCCUCCUCAGUCAAUCAUGCGGCAAAAGCAUGCGCUACAAGCCUAAGUGGGUCUGACAGCGAGACCGAAGGGAAGCAGCGCAGCUCUGGUUCUUUUGAUGAUGCGUUCAAAGCAGACUCUCUUGUGGAGGGAACUUCUUCUCGCUAUUCCAUGUAUAAUAGUGUUUCCCAGAAGCUUAUGGCCAAGAUGGGCUUCAAGGAAGGUGAAGGAUUGGGUAAAUACAGCCAGGGUCGGAAGGACAUUGUUGAAGCUUCUAAUCAGAAAGGUCGACGAGGCUUGGGUCUUACACUGCAAGGCUUUGACCAGGAGCUGAAUGUGGACUGGCGAGCUGAGCCAGAGCCCAGCGCCUGUGAGCAGGUAUCAUGGUUCCCAGAAUGUACCACUGAAAUUCCAGACACUCAGGAAAUGAGCGACUGGAUGGUUGUGGGAAAGAGAAAGAUGAUUAUUGAAGAUGAAACAGAGUUUUGUGGGGAAGAGCUGCUUCACAGUGUGUUGCAGUGUAAGAGUGUGUUUGACGUCCUGGAUGGGGAGGAGAUGCGGCGAGCUCGGACCCGGGCCAAUCCCUACGAGAUGAUCCGAGGAGUCUUCUUCCUAAACAGGGCGGCAAUGAAGAUGGCUAACAUGGAUUUUGUGUUUGAUCGCAUGUUUACAAACCCGAGGGACUCUUAUGGGAAACCACUAGUGAAGAACCGGGAAGCUGAGCUUCUCUACUUUGCUGACGUGUGUGCAGGCCCAGGGGGCUUCUCGGAGUACGUGCUCUGGAGGAAGAAGUGGCACGCAAAGGUUGGGAUGACUCUGAAGGGGCCUAAUGACUUUAAGCUGGAAGACUUCUACUCAGCUUCCAGUGAGCUCUUUGAACCCUACUAUGGUGAGGGUGGGAUCGACGGAGAUGGAGACAUCACCCGCCCGGAGAACAUCACUGCUUUUCGGAAUUUUGUCUUGGAUAACACAGAUCGCAAAGGUGUCCACUUUCUGAUGGCUGAUGGGGGUUUCUCAGUGGAAGGGCAGGAGAACCUGCAGGAGAUCCUCAGCAAGCAGCUGCUACUCUGUCAAUUCCUCAUGGCACUCUCUGUUGUUCGGACAGGAGGCCACUUCAUCUGUAAAACCUUUGACCUCUUCACACCGUUCAGCGUGGGGCUUAUCUACCUGCUGUACUGCUGCUUUGAACGAGUGUGUCUCUUUAAGCCGAUUACCAGUCGUCCUGCCAACUCAGAGAGGUAUGUGGUGUGCAAGGGCCUGAAGGUGGGCACAGAUGACGUACGGGAUUACCUCUUCUCAGUCAAUAUUAAGCUCAACCAGCUGCGGAACUCCGAGUCUGAUGUCAACCUUGUGGUCCCCUUGGAGGUGAUCAAGGGAGAUCAUGAAUUUACCGAUUACAUGAUACGGUCCAAUGAGAGCCAUUGUAGUCUGCAGAUCAAAGCUCUGGCCAAAAUCCAUGCCUUUGUUCAAGACACGACCCUGAGUGAGCCUCGGCAGGCAGAGAUCCGGAAAGAGUGCCUUCGACUUUGGGGGAUCCCUGACCAGGCUCGAGUUGCUCCUUCUUCCACAGACCCCAAAUCUAAAUUCUUCGAGCUAAUCCAGGGCACUGAGAUCGACAUCUUCAGCUAUAAGCCCACACUGCUUACUUCCAAAACCCUGGAGAAGAUCCGCCCCGUGCUUGACUACCGCUGCAUGGUGUCUGGCAGUGAGCAGAAGUUCCUCAUCGGCCUCGGGAAGUCUCAGAUCUACACGUGGGAUGGCCGCCAGUCAGACCGCUGGGUCAAGCUGGACCUGAAGACUGAGCUGCCCCGGGACACUCUGCUCUCUGUGGAGAUUGUCCAUGAGCUGAAAGGGGAGGGGAAGGCCCAGCGGAAGAUUAGUGCCAUCCACAUCCUCGAUGUCCUCGUACUGAAUGGCAGCGACGUGCGGGAGCAGCACUUUAACCAGCGAAUUCAGCUUGCGGAGAAAUUUGUGAAAGCUGUUUCCAAGCCCAGUCGGCCUGACAUGAACCCCAUCAGGGUGAAGGAGGUGUACAGGCUGGAGGAGAUGGAGAAGAUUUUUGUCAGGUUAGAAAUGAAGAUCAUCAAGGGCUCCGGCGGCACCCCGAAGCUCAGCUACACGGGGCGGGACGACCGGCACUUUGUGCCCACGGGCCUCUACAUCGUCAGGACAGUGAAUGAGCCAUGGACUAUGGCAUUCAGCAAAAGCUUCAAGAGGAAGUUCUUCUACAACAAGAAAACCAAGGACUCUACUUUUGACCUCCCUGCAGAGGCCAUUGCUCCAUUUCACAUCUGCUACUUUGGCCGGCUCUUCUGGGAGUGGGGGGAUGGCAUCCGUGUGCACGACUCCCAGAAGCCCCAGGACCCAGACAAGCUGUCCAAGGAGGAUGUCCUCUCCUUCAUCCAGACACACAGCGCCUGAGGGCCUGGGCCCCGCCCCGCGGAUGCCCUGUCAUUGCCUGCGCCUGGGCCCACAGUGCUGCUUCCCUCCCCUUCUCAGAAAGGGAUGGGAGGCAGCGCCUCUCUCUCUCCGAGAGCUCAGUUGGGGCCCUCAGAGGACACUCACAUGUUCCUUCUGGGACACUUUUGGACUCCUCUCUCCGGAGACCUGCCAGGAUCAGCCUGAAGGAUGUAGCUCCGACAGCAGGUUUGAGGCUGGGGCCUGUGGCCCGUGGCCCGUGGGGCCAGUGGAGGUCACGUCAGUGCAGUGGGGCUUCGGCUCUGUCCUUCUCUCCUGUAUUCUGUAGACUCACUUUUCUGAGUUUGUGCACUGCCCCAAGGGCGGCCAUGCCCCUGCUUUGCUCAACUUUUUACUGGGCCAACCCUGAGUGGGAGGAGGCCCACCAUUGUGAGCUGGUCAGGAGCCGCUGCUGUACACAUCAAGGUUUUGUUUCUUUGAACUUGCUGUUUUGAUGCCAAGUUGGAAAAGAUUUUGUCUCCCCCCGCUUCCCUCCCUGUCCUGGUCUUCCUUGGAGUUCUCAGCCCAGAGCUCUGCCAGUCCUGCAGGCCGGGAAGGGAGGCGUGUGGACCCCACGUCAGGAUGCAGAUAGCACUGUCUAGUGGGGAGUGUGACUGCUUCCUGGGUCCCACUCCCUCUAACGUGAACAGCUUAGAGGCGGAGGAAGCAACCUUGAAGACCUGCUUUUUUCUAUGCCUGGCAGCAGAGGCCCUGCCGUAACAGAGGGUACCUCCGGGGCUUGGCCGCACCCCUGCCAAUCAUGGCACCCCAUUUGCCCCAGCUACCUUGCUACCCUCCCCCUCCUUUUUCUUCCCUUAUAACAGAAGGCACAGUUGCUUUUGUCUUUUUGUGGUCACUCCAUUUCCUCUAUCUUGGUGGGCGGAGGGGGAAGAGGGGAAGCUGGGCAGUAGCUUUGGGUAGGGGAGGGAACCUGUGGUGGUUUUUAAUGGGAAAUAUCUCUCAGAGAUGCUCUUAUGGGCUCCCCCGGCCUCAUCCCAGUGCUAGACUGGUUUCCAUGGAGAUAGGGCAUCAAGGCUCCAGUGAGGUUGGAACUGACUCCACCUCAGGGGUCUCCAGCCAGCAUCCAGCCCCUCCCCCCAGGUUGGUAGCAGCACCAUUGAGAUGCUGUAUUUCCACCCAGUUCUGGGUAUAUCAGUGUGUCUUGCAGAAUCUUGGAUCAUUAAAGAUAAACAUAUUUUUAA